UGACUGUAUCCCAAAGCCCACGGCCCAGGCUGAGCCCUCCCCAACCUCAAGUUUGGGAAGAGGCGCCUCCUGGAAAAAUGGACCGAGUGACCAGGUAUCAGAUCUUCAGCAUCCCCCACUCACCUGGGGCUGGAGGCUUUCAGGUGGAGGAAGAGAGCCGCUACAGCUUUGAGGCGGCGGGGCUGAGGCCGGAGAGUUCCUGGGGGGGCCCCAGCUGGAACCGCUCUGACUCGGUGCUUAGCCCCGAUGGGGAAUCCAGCUCAGGUUUUGGGGGGUCCUGGGAGGAGACCCCGGGCCUGAGGGUGGUGACCGUGACCCAGGAGGGCUUCAGUGGCCCCGGGGAGACCCUGGAAGCCACAUAUGUGCUGACCGACGAGGCGAGUCACGGCCGGCCCCUGUGGAGCCCCGGCACCGUCCAAGAGUCUAAGCAGCAGGUGCUGGAGACCGUCCCAGCCUGCAACCUGCGGGCCAAUCCGAUGGAGCACAUCACGGUGGAGGAGAACUGGGAGUACCGGGCGGGUCCUGGAGAUGGUGUUCCCCAGGGGAGGGGGGCCCUGGAGAGGGAGCGCCAGGAAGUCAUUCAGAGCCAGGUGGUCAAGCGCAACACCACCAUUGUCCGGCGCUGGAGCUCCCAGGAGGAGCUGGAGAAGAUCAACGGUGUCGACCCGGAGAAGGUGGACACGGGGCAGAUCGACUUUCUGUCCGCCCGGCGGCAGUUCAUGACCCUGGAGAAGGCGAGCGCGAGCACGGGCCCCUUGUCGAGCGGGGGGGCGGUGAAGCCUGUCCAAGGGGGCGCCGAUGGGGGUUGGCAGAGCCCACAGGGCUCCUGCGUCAGCAGCGCCCACAAGACCGAAGUCCGCUCUGCCCCCAGUGGGGUUGGCUGGCCCCCGCAGCCACCAGGCUGGGGGGCUCCCCAGGAGCCUGUGCAGGCGUCCUACUCCCCCAAAGGGAGUACCCCCGGCCAUAGGGUUGGAGUGCCCCCAGGCCUAAAGGAGCUGGCCCCUGAGCCCCCACAGGGGUCGUCCAGCGGGAAGGGCCACCCAGGGCAGGAGACGCCCAUCGAGAGGGAAAUCCGGCUGGCUCAAGAGCGGGAGGAGGAGUUGCGCCAGGCCCGGGGGCUGCAGAAGCCCAGCAGCCGGGAUGAGCUGGUGGAGAUCCCCAGCCGGCCCCUGUUGAGCGGGUUGGCCCUCUCCUCGAUGAGCCCCGGCCGGGGCCGGAACCGGGACCGGGGCCGCCUGUCACUCUUUGUCCAGCGGGAGAUGGUGCAGGAGACCCAGCGGGAGGAGGAGCACCGCCGGGGGGCCCAGCGGGAGGAGUCUCCGGAGUCCCCCACCCCAUCGGGGCCCUCGAGGCGGCGGACCACGUGGAAGAACUGCCAGAUGCGCCGGGCUCUGAGCUCUGACUCCAUCCUGCACUCGGAGCCCUUCCAGGCCUCCAACACCUCGCCGGAGGCCAGCCCGGGCAGGAAAGUCAACCGCCUCCACGCUGAGGCCUACCAGCCCUACCUCUAUCCUGCUGACCCGGUCUGGGUGACCGGGGUCACUCCACGGGAGACCCGGGGUGACUCCUGUCCCAAGGAGCGGGAAGACCUGGGUGGACCCCAAGGCUGGAGCCCAGCAAAAAAGCCCGGGGUCACUGGGGAGAAGGAAAUCUUGCCCCUUGCCCGGAAGCAGCAGGAAGUACAGCGCCGCUGGUCCACCUGGGAGUCGUGGGAGCCCCAGGCCGGGGUGCCGGGGCAGCCGAGGGGGGUGGAUCCCCUUCCCCGAGGCACCGUGGUACGCAAGGAGUACUUCGCCCUGCAGCCCCUGAAGAUAAAAUUUGCCUUCAACCCGGGGCCAGGGGAGCCUCCCCGCAGAGAGUUUUUCCAGGGGAGGCCCCUGAGGCCCCAAGGAUCUGGCCUGUUGGAAAAAGAGAUCCAGAGUGUCCUGCAGAGGGAGCGGGAGCUGGCAGAGCAGAGGAGGAGCACACUGUUCCCUGAGGUGUUCUCCCCAGCCAGCGAGGCAGAGGAACAGAUCCUGAGAGAAAGCUCUUGGUCCCGGGGCUCAUCAGAGGCCUCAGGCACCAGGGGAAGCUACUCCGUGUCCACGUCUCCCGUCUUCACUCCCAUCAACUUGCACUCGGGGCUGGUGUGGAAAGUUCCACCUUCAGCCAGAGACCCCCAAAUCCCCAAUUCACUUCCCUGUGCUGAAACCUACAAGGCAUCUCUGAUUCACUCUGACUGGGAGCCAGUAGACGACUCUCCUUGGAGAAAGAAGAAGGAACUGGGAUACGCUGGCAUUGACGUAUCUGACAACAUCAACACGGAGCUCGUGGAGGCCACACGGGUGACUCGCCACAAGAAUACUUUGGCUGCACGCUGGGAAGCCCAGAUCUACGCUCGGGAGGAUGACUGAGCUGGGGGCCAGUGGACCAGCCCGGGACUGAGAAAAUCCAAUGGCUCUCUCCCGUCGUUGGGUGUCUUUCUGCAUGCCCCAGGAUCGCCCCUGAUGGAAACUCCAAGACUCCAUGCAACUUUUUUCCUUUUUUUUUUUCUAUUUUACAACUGAAGAAUCAAAACUUAUCUUGCUGAAAUUAGGGGGGAUAUCACAGUUUCAACCCGGGGGGGGGGGAGUGUUUUCUUUUCUCCCCCAUGCAUAGAUUUUGUUUCAAGUUAGGAAAGUUUGCAAAUCCAUCUCCCUAGUAGCACUUUUGCCAAACAUACUGCCAGGGGUCCAGGCCAGAGGGUGGGCCAGAUAAAGUUGGAAGGAUAUCCUAGAUUUUGCCUGACUUCAGUGAGCUGGAGAUCAUCCAGGAAGUCCCUCAAGGCUCCU